GUCAUUAGGAUGCGUCCGGUAGUUCUGUUUUGAUUGCCGAGUGACGCGUACUGUGUCCUGUCAUGCAGUCAUGGCUGGAGGGCUGUGCUUGUGCGGCGUGUUACGCGUGCUGACGUCACUCUUCGUCCCUGCGCUCGUCGCCAGCAUCACUGUCACCCUCCUGAUAUUCCUUGUUCUCCUCGGUGUCCGCUUGUGGAUUGGGAAGAAGAAAAAAGCAUCCGCGCAGCUCGGCAAAGAUGGCAGAGAGCAGAAAGUAGUGGCGUUCUUUCACCCCUACUGCAAUGCAGGAGGCGGCGGUGAAAGGGUGCUGUGGUGCGCGCUGCGCGCUUUACAAAAAAGGUAUAAAGAUGCCAUAUAUGUUGUUUACACCGGCGACAAAGACGUCUCGGGAGAAGAGAUCCUCGCUGGGGCAGGCGGCAGGUUUAAUAUAAAGUUAUCCUACCCUGUUAAGUUUGUCUUCUUGGAUAAACGUUACCUGGUAGAAGACAGACUGUACCCACAUUUCACCCUGCUGGGACAGAGCUUGGGCUCCAUUCUGUUAGGCUGGGAGGCUCUGGUGAAAUGCGUGCCUGAUGUUUAUAUUGAUUCCAUGGGCUAUGCAUUUACAUUGCCUUUAUUCAAAUACCUGGGGGGCUGUCGUGUGGGCUGCUACGUGCACUACCCAACCAUCAGCACAGACAUGCUGUCUAUUGUCCGGGACCACACCGCUCGGUUCAACAACGCUGCGUUCAUCUCCAACAACCCUGUCCUGAGCAGGCUGAAGCUGAUUUACUACGUCUUGUUUGCACUUAUUUACGGCUGGGUUGGAUCCUGCAGCGAUAUGAUAAUGGUUAACUCCACGUGGACCUUCAACCAUGUCUUGGAUUUGUGGAAAUGCAGCGAUCGCAUCAGCAUCGUUUAUCCACCUUGUGAUGUGCAGACGUUUUUAGAUAUUGAACUGAGUCAGAAGCACGAGUUAAAAAAACACUCUGUGGUGUCUAUCGGCCAGUUCAGGCCGGAGAAAGACCACAAACUGCAGAUCCGGGCAUUUAGUACUUUGCUGGCAAAGAAGACUCCAGAGGAAAGAGCAAAUCUGAAGCUCAUUCUUAUCGGGGGGUGUCGCAACGAACAAGAUGAGCUCCGAGUGUCCGGGCUGAAGAAGCUCGCUGCGGACUUGGGAGUUCCUGUAGAGUUUAAAGUUAACAUUCCCUUUGACGACCUGAAGACGCAUCUGGGUGAAGCCACCAUUGGUCUCCAUACAAUGUGGAAUGAGCACUUUGGAAUUGGAGUGGUUGAGUGCAUGGCAGCGGGAACAAUCAUUUUAGCUCAUAACUCUGGAGGACCCAAACUGGACAUUGUGAUCCCGUAUGAAGGACAUGACACCGGCUUUCUGGCAGACAGUGAGGAGAGCUAUGCUUCUGCUAUGGACCGCAUCCUGGCGAUGUCUGAAGACAGCCGACUACAGAUCCGGCAGAAUGCUAGACGCUCGGUUUCUAGAUUCUCUGACCAGGAGUUUGAAGUCAAUUUUAUCUCUGCUACAGAGCUUCUAUUUAAAUAGGGCAGGCCUCUUGGUGAAGGUUAUGUGUAUAUAGUGUGGUCAACCGGAAGGAAGGGUGUAAAAUAUUUUUGUAUUGAACCGAUAAUGUAUAUUAAAUGUGAUUAACUCCUCA